CAUGACAUUGGUGAGUGUAGUCCUGGUGGCCCUGAUUGUGCUCAUCUCUAUCGCCAUCAUCGUCCACUCUGCUAUCGGCUGUGUCAGCGGAAACUGCAUGUGCUGCAUCGAUUCCCGAAACCACAACAUGGUUCUGGAGAUCACGCCCCAGCGGGAGACGUUUGAGCUGACGAGCGCGAUCCUAACGCAGGUGUCCAUGGACAGCACCAAGCAGAGCCAGGGCGUGGAUCUCCUGACGGGGCCUGUGGAUCUCCUGACGGGACCUGUGGAUCUCCCCGGGCAGACGCAACAGGACACAGACUCCAGAAACCUGGACCAGAGUCACCUGGACAAGUAUCAGGUGGACAACAUCUGCUGAAGAGCGAUAAAACUGUCUCAGUGAACCAAUAUCUCAGUGACUGACAGGCUGAAUAAACGGUUCAAAACUUGAACUGUGCGGCUCCAGAUGUCUUACUGAAGGACGCCUUCAGUGUGCAAUAUGUCGAAAGCUUGAGGAAUGAAUCUACUUUACUAAAAUAGUAUAUAUCUCAUUGGACCAAUAUCUUAUAAUUGGACCAACUUUAACCAGACGUCAUGGUGGACUGGACAGAUACACUGACGCGCGGUUGUUCAAGAGAAUGAUAGGACUAUUUUACGUAUCAUGGUGGUUUUUAGUGCAUAUUUUAGUAUGGUCUUUGAUUUCACUUCGUGUCUGUAUUUGUAUGUAGGUGCAAUCUGUAUCUGUAUGUUAUUCUAUCUGUUAAAGAGCAAUCAAACUGCUGAAGAGUAAUUAAAUCUAAGUGGACCAAUGUGUCACUGGACCAACCAAUUCACGGUGGUCUGGACAGAUACAAUAUGCAGCUCUUUGUACCGAGUCUUAAGAACGGUUGACUUUAGAUAUCAACAUAGUACAGCCAACGCUAUGUGAGGAAUCAUAGUUUUAAGAAUAGGACUUUGGAUGUGAUUUGCUUGUUUCAAUGAACGUCGACCACUAUAAUGCUUGUAAAUUUAUUGAUACAGUCAUGUAUAUAAUGUGCCCCUCAUUUUCGUCUCAAUUUACAGAUAGAAAAGUACACUUUUUUACGGAGCCUAAAAAGAUCCUUCCCAACAACUUGGGAAGGUGUACGUAUAAGAAAAGCAAUGGUAUAACGAGAAAAUGUAUUUUUCCGUCGUCUGCAUACACAAUCAGAUCUAGAGGUGGAAACGUGUUCGUACGUGGAUUACUCGUGCCAAUCUGUAGUCAUUUUUGUACAACGUGCCUUCAGUGGUCGUCAAGUGUUUUUGUAUAAAACGUUGUGUACAAGUCUUGGGCUUCUCAUAUGCCCCACAUGUAUUUAAAGGCGGAGUCAAACUAAUUGUGAUAAGUGGCCAAACCUUGCUUACGAUGCUUAACUCUCAAAGAUCUUCAUGAGUAUGUUCUCUCUGUAACAUUAUGUUUAAGAAGUGAAAUUCUAACCUACUAUACAUUCAACAAGAUUAGCAGUACGUGCAACUUUCACUUCACUCUAUUGUUGCUUUCAAUUGGAGAAUAAACUGAUA